CAUGGUAUGCUUUGCAAGGGAAGUAACGUGUAUAGAGAACACGCGUGUUGCGAAGCGAAAUGUGAUUUUUGUUCGAUUUUUUUUUCUUUUGUAAUUCAUUUUUAGCGUGAAAGUCUUCCAGCAGAUGAAAUUCUGAAUUAACAGUCACGUGGAGUUAACGCGAGGUGAACGUGACCAUAAGUUCUUUAGGCUGUCUGUGUCAUGUUACUUAAAUUUGCUUCAUGUAUGAUCACUAGGUAUUUACUGUUAUCCUGUUUAGUACCAAUACAAAAAGUCUAGGCAAAUGCAUUAUAGAGCCGAUUAAGUUAGUCAUAGUCAAAAGUCGAUAGUCAUCCAGGUGUGUUUUGGAGGAGUGAUGGAUGGGGAUCCAGCAGGAAUGAAUUUAUCACAACAGUCAUCAAGCAUGGAAGUGAAAGAGGAUAUGGAUACCAAAAGUGAAAGUGAGCAUCAGCCAUCAAAAGAUGCUUUGAUUGACAUCAGCUUUUGCGGAUCCACUCCUCUGUUGUGGAAGGUGUCGGACAUGAAAAGGUGCAGAUCUGUGGGAGUGAUCGGGGCUCUGGUGGGCUCUCUGGCCCGUCAGCCUCGGCAGAACGUGCGGCUCGGCAGACCGCUGGAGCUCCUGCAGGAGGAGGCGCUGCUGCUGGAGGACACGAACACUGCUGCUGCUUCUCUGCAAGCUCAGGAUUGUGGAGAUGAGAGGCAUUCGGAGGCUGUGAGGCAGUAUGAGGCCGGUCUGGAGAGCAGUUAUAAGGAGCAGUGUGCUCUGGCCCUGGAGGACAAGAAGACAGUGCUGAGGAGAAUCAUGAAUGAGAAGGAGAACGGCACUGAUAACUCUGGCAAUGCAAUUAGAGACCGUCUUAAUGCACUGGACCAGGCGUUCCGCUUCCCGUGGCCGGCUAUGGCGGUUCAGCUCUGUACUGCCCGCGCCGGCUUCAGCCACUGUCCGGAGGAACGCAGUUUUCAUUCCACUGAUUGGCCAAUGCCUAGAGAUGAACGCUUGAACACUAGAUUCUGUGUAUACAGAGAUCUGAGAAAUAAAGGCUUCUACCUGACCUCUGCAGGGAAGUUUGGAGGAGAUUUCCUGGUGUAUCCAGGCGAUCCUCUGCGUUUCCAUGCUCAUUUCAUUGCAUUAUGCAUCUCCAUGGAUGAAGAGUUACCUCUCUGUGAUAUUCUAGCUAUAGCUCGUCUGGGCUCUAAUGUGAAGAAAACAGUAUUGCUUUGCUCUCCACGGAACCGCAGCGAGACCGGAAAGGAUGAGAGUGUGGAGGGUGAUGUGGUGUAUUCAUCGCUGCAGUGGAGUUCUAUGCUGUAACUACACAAAUAUAGUUUGUUUGAUAUUAGAGAGAUGAUGCUUUUCAGAAACUUGGUGUGCCCUCUGAUGUGUAAAGAGUG